GUUUGUUUUGUUUUUUAUUAUUAAUUAUACCCCAUUGUCAAAAACAACAUUUGAUGGCCUCGUCUCCACAAACAGUUUCUACCAGGAGUUUAGGAGAACGGAUGAAUAUAUUUGGGCGGUAUUCUGGCGACACCUUCAGGUUAAAUUGCAUACAACGCUUAAGGUUUGGUUUGUGACUCCAGUACUGAACAUGUGAUGACUAUGAGAUAAAUGCUUAGAAUGCAUAGACCUACUAAAGUGUGUUAUAUGCGACAGUAAAUGUUGGUGUUGAUAAAAUAAUGACAUAUAACAAGCAAAAUCAUAAAUUGACAGAGAAACAAGAACAGAAAUAAAUAUAAUCGACACGUGACUGCAGCCACAGCCUGAUAAAGAAACAGAUGAAUAACUUGUAAGACUCGUUUAAGCAGUUUAGACGGUCACAGAAUAAACCGAAAGUGGGUUAUGUAUAUCGCAGAUAUAACAAUAGGGAAGAACAGAGAAAAGCAACAACGUUUAAAAAGCAAUGGAAGUAGAAGAGGAGGUUGCUGUACAGGAUCUCAGAGGAAAGGCAACAUCUCCAGAACCCAGCUGUGUGUCUGUGAAGUCUAAUGCCUCCAUGUUGGAUCCACCUCAAUUGAGCGAUGGGAUAAAGACUCCUGACCCCAGUCUGCGGAGGGAUAAACCGAUCCGCCCCAGAUGUGGACUAUGUAAUCAUGUUCUGAGAACUCCCGUCUCUAUCAGCUGCGGACACAGUUUCUGCAGGUGCUGCGUUAGCUCAAACUUGAAACAGUCAAGUCAUUCACAAGACUUUGAAUGUCCUCAGUGCAGAAAGAGAUCUAGAAUAUCUUCCGCUGAUCCGGUUCACCCCUAUACAACAGAUGUUGAUGAGGUCAAAGAGAUACACAAAGUCAUCAUGAAGAACAAGUAUGAGAGCUUAUUGAAGGACUAAAACACGCGGACAACCAAAUCCUCCUGAAUCGAAUUUACACACAGUACAUCAUAGAGGGGAAGGGUGAAGGUGUGAAUGAAGAGCAUGAGGUUUUACAGAUAGAAAAGAACAACAUGACACCCCAAGGCACUGCAAUAAACUGCAAUGACAUAUUUGAAUCUCUACCUGAACCUAGAAGUGAGAACAAGAGAACGAAAAGAGAGAACAUAAAGACUGUUGUUACUAAAGGCAUUGCCGGAAUUGGUUAAACAGUCUCUGUGCAGAAGUUCAUUCUUGACUGGGCUGAAGGAAAAGCAAAUCAGGAUGUAGACUUCAUGUUUGUGCUUCCGUUUCGAGAGCUGAACUUGAUGAAAGAUGAAGAGUGUUGUCUCCACAAACUUGUGCUUGACUUUCAUCCUGAACUUCAAGAUCUGAGCUCAAAGAUUUAUGAGGAGUGUUAAGUUGUGUUCAUCUUCGACGGUCUGGAUGAAAGGGCAAUAUGGUCUUUUAUGAGGAAGACCUAAGAGAAUGCAACAUAAAUGUCACUGAGACCUCUUUGUAUUCUGGGAUUUGCACUGAAAUCCUAAUGAACGAUUCUGUAAUUCAUCAGAAGAAAAUCUACAGCUUCAUACAUCUGAGCUUUCAGGAGUUUCUUGCCGCGUUCUAUGAGUUUUAUUGUUAUUUGAUAAGCACCACAGAUGCACUCAAGGUUUUUGAUUCGCUGAAUAAUUUGCUUAAAAGCGUCGUUGAUAAAGCCCCGGAGAGUAAAAAUGGCCACCUAGAUCUUUUCCUCCGAUUCCUGCUGGGAAUUUCACUGGAUUCCAAUCAGAUGCUCCUGCGGGAUCUGCCAGGAAACAGAGAAGAGAGCUCAGACAGUAUAAAGAAAACCGUUACUUACAUUGACGACAAGAUCUAAAGUGAACUGUCUGCGUGAAGUGAAUGAUCAGACCGUAAACAAAGACAUUCAAGAGCUCCUGACACUGAAGAAAUACUCAAAAAAUCAACUCUCUCCCGCUCACAGUUCAGCCAUCGGCUACAUUCUUCAGAUGUCGGAGGAGGUGCUGGAUGAGCUGGACUUUAAAAAAUAAAAGACAUCGAUGGAGGGCAAGAGAAGACUGUUAACAGCUGUGGUGAACUGCAGAAAAGCUCUGCUAACCUACUGUAAAUUUACUGAUAAGUGCUGUGAAAGUGUGGCAUUAGCUCUUCAAUCACCAGGUUCCCCCCUGAGAGAGUUGGACUUGAGUAACAGUGACCUGCAGGAUUCAGGAGUGAAGCUGAUCUCUGAUGGACUGAAGAAUACAAACUGUAAACUGGAGAUACCGAGGUUAUCUGGCUGUAUGGUGACAGAAAAAGGCUGUUUUUAUCUGGCUUCAGCUCUGAGAUCAAACCCCUCACAUCUGACACAACUGGAUCUGAGCUACAAUAAUCCAAAAGAUUCAGGAGUGAAGCUGCUCUCUGAUCUACUGAAGGAUUCAUGUUGUCAACUACACAAACUCAACACUGAUCAUGGAGGGGCCUCCAGGAUCAGAUGUACACUGCGGAAAUAUGUCUGUGAUCUCACACUGGAUCCAAACACAGCACACACAUGCCUUGUUCUGUCUGCCGGAAACAAAAUAGCUUCACGUGUAAAAGAGAAGCAGCCGUAUCCCGAUCAUUCAGAGAGAUUUGAACAUUACGAGCAGGUUUUGUGUCGUGAAAGUCUGACCGGACGCUGUUACUGGGAGGCUAAAUACACCGGGGAGUGGGAUCGUAUGUCAGUGACGUAUAACACAAUCAACAGGAAAGGAGGGAGUGACUGCAUGUUCGGACAGAAUGAUAAAUCCUGGUGCAUUUCCUGCACUGGUGAUGUAUUAACUGCGUGGCACAAUAGCAAACCCACUGACGCACGGGCCCCCUCGGGUCAAGCCAAGGCAAUAGGAGUGUAUCUGGACUGGCCGGCUGGGACUAUAUCCUUCUACAGCGUUUCUAACAUGGACACACUCACACACUUACACACAUUUGACUCCACAUUCACUGAACCCCUUUAUGCACGAUUUAGUAUUUUUGACCCUGCAGGGGCUUCUGUGUCUCUUCUGUGAUUCCUGUAAGAAAUACUCUAACACACACACACAACUCUCAUUUAGUGCUCACUUCAAAGGACAAACUGAUUAACCAUAAAAUACUUUAUAUAACAAAAAAGCUUAGUAUACUAUGGUUUGUAGGUUAUAUGAGACCAGUUUUUUGCACUAAUGCUUUUUGUUGUCCUUAUGUUUUUCCAAUUGCUUCAACUGUUGACCUCAUCGCUUUGGAUAAAAGCAUCUGCUAAAUGACUAAAUGUAAAUGUGUUUAUUGUGAAUUUACUAAAUAUGAAAUCUCUUCUUCAACCAGAGAUUUACACAAAUUAAGAAUAUGAGAUAAUGAAAUGUAGGUUCGUCUUCAUAUAUAUAUUAGUGUCUGUUUUACUUCUUAUUUUACUUAUUACUAUUUAUUUUCCUUUUUUACCUUUUAGUUAUAUAAAUGACAGUAAAUUGUCUUUUAUCUAAGGGGGG